AUGGAGGCAGAAGAUUUGUACUGGAUUUUUGGCUGGUUAUUCACUGCCGUGGCGAUUUCUGGAAAUACCCUCGUCAUCUAUCUGAUUUUAGCGAAACGACAUCUUCGCAAGAAACCGAACUGGUUUAUUUUAUCGCUAGCAACUGCCGAUUUAUUUGUAGGGUUUACGUACAUUCCUCCGUUUUACGCGUGUAGAGAAUGGUUUUCUUGUAGUGAACACGUUUGGUUUGUGAGGAAAACGAUUCAAUGGUUAUUUCUUUACGCGUCUGUAUGCAACCUUUUUAUAUUAACUUUAGAUCGUUACAUUGCUGUUACAUCACCACUAAAACAUAAGAGAUGCUUGACACUAGGUCGAAUCGCCAUAUUGGCAUUGACCGCCUGGUUUAUACCAGUAAUAUUCCGAGUAUGCAUCUACACCCCAAUUUAUCUCAAAAACAAGGAGAUUGCCUCGAAAUAUCUUGUUCCUCUGUUUAUGGUGAUGUUUGAGUUUGUUUUAUGCAUCGCUCUUCCUUUCUUUACGUUUCGCAUGGUUCACAUUGUGAGGAAUUUGCGAAAGAGCAGAGGAAACUCAGAAAACCUUGAACAUUCAUCCAUUAUGGAAUUGAGAUCUUCUACGAUUCGAAUUCACGUUAGCGAAGAAAGACGCAGAAAUUACAACAUCAACGUUGUGGUUUGCGUUGUCAUUCUUUUCAUUAUUUGUUACUCUGUAAAUCUUUACACCUCUGUUUGUACCGUUUUUAAUUUGUGCUCGAUAUCUCAAGAGUUAUGGUAUAUUCGGAAUUUGUUGUUGGUCGCAAAUUCUGCCCUAAACCCUGUUGCUUACGCUUUACUCAAGAGAGAUAUGAAGAGGGCGAUUUUAGCUCUGGGACGCUCCAAGUCAAAUAAUCAAGUCAGCCCGGUAUCUGUGGUAAACUGA